AUGUUGCGAUUCAUCAUCAGAAAUAAUCGAGGACACUUCAAGGAAUGCAAGCGAUACGUGUCGGCUAAAACGACAAUCGGCCAAAGCGAGCUCGUCUUAACCGCCGGGGAAAUCGCGCGGUUUGCCGACAGCGCUGUUGUUGCGUCGACAGGCGAUAAUGCGGUUUUGGCAACGUGUGUUUAUCAAGAUGCUGGCCAAGAAACUGACGGCGUGCCUUUAACAGUUGACUUCCGACAAAGUGCGGCGGCUCUUGGAAGAAUACCGAUGAACUUCCUGAGAAAAGAAAUGUCUCAAACGGACAACGACAUCCUUACAAGCCGUGUCAUCGAUCGAGCGUUGAGGCCAAUGAUCAGCAAAAGUUGGACAAACCCUACAGCGAUAAACAUCAAGCCAAUGGCUCUCGAUGAGGAUUGCGACGGGAUAAUUUUGGGCCUUAAUGCUGCAGCUUGUGCUCUACAUCUUUCUUCCGUUCCGCUAAUAAAUCCAGUGGCCAGCGUUCGAGUAUCCAUUAUAAACGAUGAGAUUAUGCUAAAUCCACCGAGACAUCGACUUUCCGAAGGAAUGAGCAUGGUUUUAGCGGGAACACGCGCUGAACGAGCAGUGAUGAUUGAAAUGGAGGGGCCACAAGUUACUAUUGAACAAGUUGAAGAAGCUAUAACCCAAGGAUUAUCUGGAGUAGACCAACUACUCGAUCAGAUGGAUUCUUUGAAGAAAAGUGCCGGCAAACCGAAAUUAGAAAUUGAGAGUGUGCGCAAUGUUCGCGUUGAAAAGAAUCUUUAUGAAAAAAUACGCAUUAUGGCCGAGGAGCGAUUAGAAUACAUCUUCACCGAUCCUACGCAUGAUAAGAUCUCUCGGGAUGAUGCUAUAAAAGAAGUUCGAAAAGAUGUUUUGGCUUCAUUUGACGAUUUUGCCGAGACAAGUCGAGAGUUCAACAAAUUGGUGCGCUACACUUUAAGACGACUAACGAUUAACAGUGGAAUACGAUGUGAUGGGCGUGGAGUACAAGAUUUUCGCCCGAUCUCUAUUAAAGUUGACGUUUACAAGAAACUACACGGAUCAGCCCUUUUCCAACGAGGACAAACACAAGUAUUCUCUACGGUCACAUUCGAUAGUCCGGCUGCCGCAUUUCAUCCGGAUUCUAUAUCUCAACUAUUGGGCGCUCAACAACGAAAAUCUUUCAUGCUUCACUACGAAUUUCCUGGAUUUGCCACAAACGAAAUCAGCUCAAAUCGAGGCUCGAAUAGACGAGAAAUUGGACAUGGUUUCCUUGCCGAGAAAGCCUUGAAACAUGUGAUUCCCGACCAUUUUCCAUAUGCAAUCCGUAUUUCAAGCCAGGUUUUGGAAUCAAAUGGAUCAUCUUCAAUGGCAAGUGCAUGCGCGGGCUCUUUAGCUUUGUACGACGCAGGCGUCCCGUUGAAAGCCCCAGUUGCAGGUGUUGCAAUCGGCCUAAUGACCAACGAUGAGAAGCCAGAUGAAAAAUAUCAAAUUUUGACAGACAUUUUGGGAAUUGAAGAUUAUCUUGGCGAUAUGGAUUUCAAAAUAGCUGGUACGUCUAACGGGUUCACCUCAAUGCAAAUGGACGUAAAAAUCCCUGGGUUAACUCGGAAACAAUUGAGCGAAGCAAUACGACGAGGAAAAUCGGGUGUCGACUUCAUGUUAUCAAAGAUGGCGAACGCACAAGAAAAUCCUCGGAACGAAUUCAAAUCGAGUGUUCCAGUGCUGGAGACACUAAAAGUCGAUCCCUACAAACGCUCGAACAUAUUCCGAAAUGGUGGCCUGAUAGCAAAGACGAUUGAGGCAGCGACUGGUGUUAGGAUAUCGAUUGAUGAUGAAACUCAACUUGCCUUAACAGCACCAAGUAGAAAAAGAAUGGACGAAGCAAAGGAAAUGCUUAACAAAUUGUUAAUGGAAUCAACGGUAGAAGACUAUAAUUUUGGACAAUUGGUGCAAGCCGAAGUUACGGAGGCGAUUGAUCGAGGUGUUUUGGUUCGUCUUCAAACGGGAGCGCAAACUCAUUUCAUCCCUAACUCCCAACUAAGCAACUUGCCAAUAAAACAUCCAUCGGCUGCUGGAAUUGAUGUUGGACAAAAACUAACAGUUCAAUGGUUGGGCCGGGAUCCACAAACAGGAAAGGUUCGGCUCUCAAAACGUCUCGUUGGAAGCGCGAGUGUUAUUUCGCGGAUAAAUCCCAAAACGAAG